AAUCAAAAUCCCAGCCCUCUUUUCUCCCUCAACCGAGCCUCCUCCGCACCGCAUCGUAACCACCCAUAAAAACCCCCAAAUCUCUCGAUGCAAUGGACGCCGCCGGCGCAGCCUCCUCCGCCUCCGACGACUCCGGCCAUACCCCCCUCCACGCCGACUCCCUCCCCCUCAUCGACCUCCGCCUCCUGACCCAAUCCGAGCUCUACUCCCUCUCCCUCUCGACCUCCUCCUCCGCCUCCUCCGCCCACGACGACGGCGUCCUCAUCCCCAAGAUCGACCGCUCCGUCUUCAACGAAUCCGCCGGCAGCCGCAAGCAGACCUUCUCCCGCCUCCGCCUCGCCCCCCGCGGCACCGCUGCCGCCUCCUCCUCCUCCUCCUCCUCGUCCGCCCUUUCCCGCCAAAAGCCGCCGCCGCCGCCUCACGAGCCGCUCGACGAGGACAACUCCCGCAUCAUCUCGCUCCUCCAACGCCUCUUCGCCAAGGACGCCCCCUCGACCGAUCCGGCCGCCCAGGCCGAUCCCCCCAUUGUGGCCGCCGGUCGGGACGACGACGCUGACCUAAUUCAAGUUCGGAUCGACUACGACGAAUGCCUCACCGAUUGCUCUACAACUGCGGUGCAGAGUGUGCCGAUUGAGGUCGUGGACCUCGGGCCGAUGAAGCGGAAGCGAGGCCGGCCAAGAAAAUUCAAGAACGCGGCGAUUCUGGGGGAGGCCGACGAUGCCGCCGGGUUGUUCGAGAACGACGGCGAAGGGACGGCGACUGAGACGAAGUCGAAUGAAGAUUCGGUUCGACUGGAGGACUCCAUGAAGGUCAUUUAGUCGUAGUUACAGGACAAAAUUGAAAAUUUUGUCCCCAUUUCUUCUUUUUUUUUUUUGGGGGGUUUCUGUUUUUCAGGUAAAAAAAUUCGAUUUUGGGGGUCCUUUUUGAUGUUACGAUUGAAUCAGAGAUGAUCAUGUUUUGUACCUCAAAUUCAAAUUAGCAAUUGGUACUUCCGUGGCAAGUCGUACUGCUUUGG